AUGUCGCAUGGCAAACACAGAACAUCUGUAUCCAAUGCACAGCAGCACGACGAGACAAGACUGCCGCCAUCUCCUGGUAAAAGCGCCUCUCGUCGAUCCUCUGUAACAGACAUAAGUGGACGAACAACUCCAGACAAAUCACAACAUCAAUCACGGUCACCAACUCCAGUACGAUCUCCCUCUCAUAAAGGCAAUGGCCACGACUCGAAUACUGAUAGCAAACCAACUCUUCUCGUCAACGAACCCGCCACCACGAGAUUCCACAACCUCUGGGUCAGAUCAAUGACAACCUUGUUGAUGGUCGGGGGUUUCAUCGCAGUUAUACUGGCGGGACACUCAAAAGUCAUCUUCCUCGUCGCAUUUGUACAGACUCUGGUAUAUAGAGAAGUCAUCUCCAUUGCGGCAGUCACGCCUCGUGAAAAAAAGCUGCCUUGGAUGAGAGCUAUAAAUUGGUACUUUUUGAUUUCGACAAACUACUUCUUAUAUGGAGAGUCCAUUAUACAUUACUUCCGAAACACUAUAUAUACGCCAGCUUACUGGACGCUUCUGGGACCGCUCGCUAAACACCACAGGUUUAUAUCAUUUGCAUUGUAUUGUGGAGGAUUUGUGUGGUUUGUCAUGAAUUUGCGAACGCACCACUACAAAUUCCAGAUACAAGCAUUCGGAUGGACACAUAUGACGUUACUACUAGUAGUCGUCCAAUCUCACUUUAUCAUAAACAACAUUCUCGAAGGCCUCAUAUGGUUUGUAUUACCCGUAUCUCUAGUCAUUGUCAACGAUAUAGCAGCAUACGUAUGUGGAUUCCUGUGGGGACGAACACCACUGAUAUCUCUAUCACCGAAAAAGACUUGGGAGGGCUUCAUUGGUGCCUUUAUAAUCACAUUUAUAUUCGGAUUUUGGUUUUCUGGCUACCUGACCCAAUUCGGGUAUCUCGUAUGUCCAGCCCGUGAUUUGCAGACUACAUCAUUAUCAGGAUUGAACUGUACUCGAAAUUCCGUGUUUUUGGAACAUAGUUGGGUAUUGUCAGAGACUGCUGUAGGUGCCUUGGACAUGGUGUAUAGUAAACUUGGACGAGAAACACCCACAGUCAUAUCAUAUUACCCUGUACAGCUACAUACAGUCAUGCUGUCUUGCUUUGCUAGUCUGAUUGCUCCUUUUGGAGGCUUUUUUGCUUCAGGGGUCAAGAGGGCAUUCAAAAUCAAGGACUUUGGUGAUUCUAUACCAGGUCAUGGUGGGAUUACUGAUCGUAUGGAUUGUCAAUUCCUCAUGGGUCUCUUCAGCUACAUGUAUUAUCAGUCCUUCAUAUCACCAUCCAGUAUCACUGUGGGAGCAGCUCUUCGUAUGAUUGCGACCCUGAAGCCACAUCAGCAAAUAAGAAUUUAUCAGGAAUUAGGUGCUCAGUUAACGGCACGUGGAUUGCUUCAAUAG